UGCCUCAAAUAGAUAUCCUGGAGUCAUAGAUCCUGGUAGCGCCGCUUCACGUAAGCAUUCAGGGAAGGGUUUCUAUUUGACGGACUCGAUCUGCGGUGUCGCAACACCAACUAGAGUAUCGUGGGCUUUGUUUACAAGCUUCAUCUCGGCUUCCUCCGCCGUGUUGAUGAGAAAUGACCACUGACAUCUGUGCAAUGAAAACCUGAGUCGCAUUCAUCAUGUCUAGCAAAAGACAUUCCAUUCUUCCCGCUAUCGAUCGCAGUGGUCCUAGGCCUCCCGUCCAUUUCUCAGACUCCCUGACCAUCUCCGAUAAUGCGAUUCUCCAAGGAACACACUCGAUCACGAUACAAUCAGAAACAGUAGUACACCCUCGGUCAAAGUUUGAGUCAAAUUCCGGAUCUAUUUUGAUCGGGCGACGAUGUCUCAUUCACGAACGAACACACCUGGGAACUCGCCCUGUUGACCCUAAUACUGCGCAACGUGGUGGCGUCGUGCUGGCAGACUUUGUUACAAUUGAGGCAGGCAGUGUUAUUGAAGCUGGCAAUACCGAGAUCGGCGAGGGUACGGUGGUUCACGCUGGGUCAACUAUCGGGAGUGGUGCUAGGAUUGGCAAGAAUUGCACCAUUACGCAGAUGACGAAGAUUUCCCCUGGAACAGUACUGCCCGACAAUACUGUAGUCUUCUCGAACGGAACCAGACGAAUCGAUCGACGUAACCUUGGUGAUCAAAGGAAGAUUGCCUUGAUGAAACAGCUCGCCGUCCUACGAAAAAUGAUACCCAGUAACGCCGAUAAAUUUAAAUAAGAUACCCAUAGAUAUUCUAUUUUAAACGACCUCAUUAUAUAUAUGACAACGCUGAGCGGGUCUCCUUUUGGUGAUACUCCUUUGUUCUAUCACCAUAUUGAUCACAAAGAAUCUACACACAUUCUCCAUAAAGUAUAGUUACACCCCACGAGCAGCGAACAACAUCGAAUAGAAUCUCAUCAAAACGGGCAGGGUGCGGCAAUGCCUACAGCUCAUAUUAAUAUUAGUAUUGCCCAAUGCUACAUAAAACAAGACCGAGAUGUAGGCCGUGCCUUUGCGAGACGAAUCAAGGCUAUCAUCUUCGGUCUCUGUGGAAUAAGGCCAGCCCUGUUAUCACCACCAUAAUAGCCCAUCUCUCUCCAAGAAGUCCUGUCAAGCCCGUUCCCAUAAAACGAAAAUGCGCAACCUUUGUCAAACUUCUUCCAUCGCCCAUCGUCCAAGCUGCAACAACUUCGUUUCCUUGGCUAUCUUUAAAGCCACCUGGCGCAAAUGCCAUAUUUCCUCCUCCAGGAGCACCACGGCUCAUACGCACAAGCUUCCAGCCAUAAUAAUGACCACCCAAGCUUGCUAUGACAUCUCCACGUGAGCGCCGCCACUCAAAUCUCUCCCGUGGUCCAUUGCCAGCUGGUCCGACUUCGAUAGCAAAGCUAUAGCCUGUACCGAGACCACUAUGUGAGCCUACUGGUUCAACUACUUCGCGUGCCAAUGGAGCUCCCGAGCCUGGCACUGGAGGCAAUUCGACUUCGAAACUGGCGCUCAUGAACAUGAAGCUAGCAGAAGCUAGAGGUGAAUAUGACGGGUCUGGACCAGAGUGUAAAAGAAUUGGCGGUAGAUUACUCAGGCCGGAAUGUGCGGAGUAGAGGUAGAGAGGGUGGUUUUGAUGUUCAGCGAGUGUAUAGGAAUUAUUGGGCCAUCCUUGGUAGUACAAAUUGAACGCCGGUGGGAAUUGGCGUGGAACAGCUGGUGGUUGGCUGGGACCGGCAGUUGGAGGAGGAGCCUGUGAUGCUGAUGCUGAUACUUUUGGCUGCGGAGUUGCAGCUGCAGGCGGAGGUUGUGCAGAGAGCUUCUUGUGCUGGUUCUGGCUCUCGGCGUAUGAAGGCGGAGGUUCAUCUGGAACAUCAGAGGGAUUCAUUUUCUUUUGAAGGUUCGGGGCUUGAAGUGUGUUUGAGAGGUAAAUCAGUGAAGCCGACCACAAAUGAAUGCGAUGACGUCGUCAGCAAAGUAGCUAAUAGUCAGCCGUCGCAAGAGAAGCAAUAUUAGCAGCUCGUAUCAAGUUUAUAGAAUUUCUACGAGGUCGAAUAUAGUGAUUGGAAAAGUCGAGAGGACAAUGUCAGCGAAAGUGAAC